GAGACGCCGGACAGCGGGCCCCUUGCUGCCAGUAGAAUGGCGGAGGUCAGCCGGAGGUUGUGGACGUGCAGCAGCCUCCUGGGGCUCUCCCCCGGGCUGGCCCCCGCCGGACUGUCAGUGCGCGGUCUCAGCCAGGCCCCCCGGCUCGGGGCGACCACCAACAACAACAACCACCACCGAGGGAGGAACGGUCCCCGGCCCGCGCCGCCCCUGCUGCGCUCCCGCACGGCCUACUACGACAUCCUGGGGGUGAGCAGCGGCGCCAGCCAGGCCCAAGUCAAGACCGCAUACUACAAGCAGUCCUUCCGCUUCCACCCGGACCGCAACGCCGGCAGCGAGGAGGCCGCACUCCGCUUCGGGGAGGUGACCGAGGCCUACCACGUCCUUGGCAGCCUCAGCCUGAGGAAGAAGUACGACCUGGGCGUGCUGAGCCUGGAGGAGGCCCGCAACGCCGGCAAGCCCAGCGGGAGAGUGGACAGCCCGGCCAGGGCAGGGCCCGCGGGCCGCAGGGGGGACAGCAGCCCCAGGACCCCUUCCAAGGCCAUGUUCAACUUCGACGCCUUCUACCAGGCCCACUACGGGGAGCAGCUGGAGAGGGAGCGGCUGCUGAGAGCCAGGAGGGCCUACAUGGAGAAAGUGAGGAGGCAGCCCAGCAAGAAAUACCCCUUCCACCAACUGAGCGAGGUGUCUGCCCUGCUGCUCUUCCUCUCUGCCGCUGCCUUCUUCUUCUCCUUUAAAUGACUCCAGCUGCUCACAAACCUGCACUUAAAUAAUGUCCUGUCCUCUGUGCUAGGUAUCCCGGGACAUUAUUCACUUUAACAUAUUCUGGCUACCAAACCCAUCAGUUUGGGGUCCACAGGUAGCAAUCUGUAUGAAGUUGUUAUGGUGGGAAUAAGACACUUGCCACCCACGCUCUGCUGACUACACCAGUGGGUCCCAACCCAGUCCUCCUCGUGGAACCCCUGUCCUACCAGUCCAGGAUUCAGGGAUUACCCAGUUGUAUCUAAGGUGUUUUUUAGGAAAAAGAAAAUACACCUUGGACACAACAGAGUGAUCCCUAAAUCCUGGACUGGUAGGGCUUCCACGAGGACUGGUUUGGGAACCACUACUGCAAGGUUAUUUACUUUGUGCCUUGUGUGGUCUGGAAUUAAAAGUGAAUUUCACAUUUUAGGCCAAUGGAGCCAAACUGAGAACAUAGCUGUCCAGGAGACUUUUAUUUUAUUUUUUAUCUCCCAGUUUGACAGUAUGGACGUAAAAAGAAAAAAUAUAUUGCCAUUCACAACAUCAUGCACCAUAGUGAAUUGCCAUGUCUGCAUCAUAUUUUGCACUUUUUAUUAGCUGAGACUUGUGUGAGUGUUAUUUUGAGGAUGAUUUGGUUGUCCUCUCUCCUUCUGGUAAGGGGAAAGUCUCAUCUAAGAUGGCUUUAAAGAAAGGGAUAUUGUGCAAUUAUGAACUUUGUCAACCCGAAUUACCUAUUGUGCACAAGCUGUUUUGACCAUACUCCUGCAAGAGUACCUUGGCUAUUCAAAAACAUUUAAUUGCACUCCUGUUAAAACAAUGGAAACAAGUUGUAACAUACUUUGCUCAACAUUUGUUAAAAGAAACAUGGUUUAAUUUGGUGCCGAAACAAGCUGCUCAUUUGUAUAUGCUGUUUGCUUUCAGAAAUGGCUGUAUAUAAUUUGCUACAUAUUUAACUGGAAAAAAAAACUUUUAUUGUUGUUUUGCACCAAAAAACAUUGACCAGUACUCUUGGACAAUUUAUGCCCAAUUCUGGUCUACAGGUGUUAAGUGGAAGACAUGUUUGCCCAUAGAGGAUUUACAAUAAUAUAACUCCUGGGCAAGUAAUAAAAGCCUAGUUGUGACUUGUAUAUUUUCGCUAGUAGAACAAAUUUUUUUUUCCCCUGAAGGGAGCUGUGCAGCUGCACAUUAAAAUCUAUGAGAGUGCCUUGUCAAAAGUUGUGGGGACAUGCAUGAGUCUGAGAGCAAGCCCCUUUUGGGAUGACUGGUUUAUAACUACCUCCUGGUACAGUUCCUGCUGAAUGUUUGAAAUAGUUUGUUUUAUUUACAAUACCA